GCACAACUGCCCGGCGUGUUGGAGGGUGAAGAAUGGGAACGUACUUGGAAGACUACCUCGAGAGCAUCUACAUGCUCCCGUCGGAGGUGAAGCGAAACUUCGAUCUCAUGCGAGAGCUAGACAAGGCGACUAGUGGCCUCCUUGAUAGUCUACGCGAAUCCCAGAGCACGUACCUCCGCGAUGCAAGGGAGCGCGUCCGAGCGCGGUGCUCCGAUUCAUCCUUACCCGAACCCACAGAAGACGAGCUGCGCGCACUGGUCGGAAUCGAGGAUGAAUCAGCAGACGCAGAUGUUCCCCCUGACUUGGACACCAGUCCUUUGGCAAAGCUGAGAGCGAAGCGGCAUCUCGUUGUGCAGAAGAUGGACGAGAAGGUCGCGAUUGCAUCCCAGAGCUACGACUUGAUCGAUCACCACAUCCGACGGCUUGACAACGAACUCGAAAACUAUACUGCUCUACUCAAGGCAAACGGGGAGUACGAAGAUGAAAAGGUCGUUGUGGCCCCAGUGAAGAAGCAGAAAGAACCUGCAGUUGAACCUGCUGCGCAAGUGAGCGUAGCAGCUUCGUCAAACAAGAAAUCGAGCGCUGCGACAACCUCCACUACUCCGGCUGCUGUCCACAAAAAGACUGGUGGGCGCAAGCGCAAUGCUGCCGAAGCCCACAUGGAAGCGAUCCCAGAGGCUGCAGCCCUGACGGUUCCUGUCUUGGAAGACCUGCCCAUCGACCCGAAUGAACCACUGUACUGCCACUGCCGACGGAUCUCGUACGGCCAAAUGAUCGGGUGCGACAACGAAGACUGCAAGUACGAAUGGUUCCACUUUGACUGCGUCGGAGUCACGGAGCAACCGUCUGGCACUUGGUACUGCAAGGACUGCAGCGGUGGCGCCAUGAAUGUUUAAUGCUCAGGAAUAGAAUUUACGUGCACAUGUCGUGCGUCGAUCCAUCUUCGGUUGGGCUGCAUGUCAACACCAUCGUCGUGAAGA